AUGGCUUCAGUAUCCAGCCUCCAGCCAUCUUUGGGCUCUCCACUUGACUACGUUGCGAUUCAAGUCCAGAGCCGCACCAUUUCUCCGAAAAGAAAAGAAAAAAGUUCCGCACCAGCGACUAGGGCGAGCGAGAUGACCAGCCGCCACCGCCCGCCGCCGUCGCCGGCGGCGGGUCCACUGGAGAACGACGACCUGCUCUCCGAGAUCCUCCUCCGCCUCCCCCCGCAGCCGUCCUCCCUCCCCCGCGCCUCCGCCGUCUGCACGCGCUGGCGCAGCCUCGCCUCCGACCCCGGCUUCUGCCGCCGUUUCCGCAUCCACCACCGCCGCAAUCUUCCCCUCCUCGGUUUCUUUGAAAAUUCUCUCGGCCGCUCCUUCAUACCUGCUCUGGAGGCGCCCAAUCGUGUCCCGCCCGGGCGCUUCUCCUUGCAGCCCGGCGACAGCGACCCGAUCCCCUUCCGGUGCAUCGGAUGCCGCCAUGGCCUCGUGCUAGUCUUCGACCUGAGGCGCCUUUACCUUGUGUGGGACCCCGUCACCGGCCACCAGCACCGCCUAGCCUGCCCCCCGGGGUUCGAUCCGGAGGGCUCGACCGUCAACGGGGCGGUGCUUCGUGCUGGGCCAGACGUCCAGCACUUCCAGGUGGUCUUGGUAGCGGCAGGCGACGACGACAGAAAACAAAGGCGAGUGUUCGCCUGCGUUUACUCGUCGGAGACCGGCGGGUGGGGCAAUGUCACCUCGACACCGAUUGAGUCCGAGGUUCCCAACGUCCUUCCCAUCGCAGUUGAUACAGUGCCUGCUGUGCUGGUUGGGCGUUCCCUUUACUGGUUACUUAAAGGGAGUUCAUCAAGCCACUCUCCAUUUAAUGCGGAGAAGCAAAUCAUUGAGUUUGAUUUAGAGAAGCAGAAGCUUGCUGUGAUACGGAUGCCAGGGGCGGCGGAUGUUUUUCUAGGCCGUGUAACAGUCGUGCAGGAAGACGGUGGUGGGCUGGGUUUCCUCAUCGUGAAAGACCUCACUGCCCAAGCUCAAUUAUGGAAGAGGAAGAUGGAUUCUGAUGGUGUUGGCUCAUGGGAACUGAAAAGAACCAUUGAUCUGAAUAAACUUCUUUCCCUGAAUUUAGAGAAGCAUAUAGGGAUAAUACGAUUUGCCGAGGACAAUAAUUUGCUGGUUCUGCCCACCGUUUUCGGCCUCUUCACAGUUCAGCUUCAGUCAUUGCAGUACAAGAAACUUUCUGGAUACAACAAAUUUUGUCACCUUCAUCCAUUCGAAAGUGUCUACAUUGCAGAAACAGGCAUCGGUGGUGGACAUGGUGCACCUGAUCUUUUGCAAAACACAUAA